AGGCGGCCAUGGACCGGUUCGUGUGGACCAGCGGCCUCCUGGAGAUCAACGAGACCCUCGUGAUCCAGCAGCGGGGGGUGCGCGUCUACGACGGCGAGGACAAGAUCAAAUUUGAUGCUGGAACCCUUCUUCUUAGUACACACCGGCUAAUAUGGAGAGAUCAGAAAAACCAUGAGUGCUGCAUGGCCAUUCCACUCUCCCAAAUUGUAUUCAUUGAGGAACAAGCAGCUGGAAUUGGGAAAAGUGCCAAAAUAGUGGUUCAUCUUCACCCAGCUCCUCCUCACAAGGAACCAGGUCCAUUCCAGAGAAGCAGAAACUCCUACAUCAAACUAUCUUUCAAAGAGCAUGGCCAGAUUGAGUUUUACAGGCGUUUGUCAGAGGAGAUGACACAGAGAAGAUGGGAAAAUAUUCCAGUUUCCCAAUCACUGCAAACAAGAGGAGGUUCCCAGCCAGGAAGAAUAAGGGCUGUAGGAAUUGUUGGUAUUGAAAGAAAACUAGAAGAAAAGAGAAAAGAAACUGACAAAAACAUUUCUGAGGCAUUUGAAGACCUCAGCAAGUUAAUGGUCAAGGCUAAGGAAAUGGUGGAAUUAUCAAAAUCAAUUGCUAAUAAGAUUAAAGACAAACAAGGUGACAUCACAGAAGAUGAGACCAUCAGGUUUAAAUCCUAUUUGCUGAGCAUGGGAAUAGCAAACCCAGUUACCAGGGAGACCUAUGGCUCAGGUACACAGUACCAUAUGCAGCUGGCCAAGCAACUGGUUGGCAUAUUGCAGGCACCUUUAGAGGAACGAGGGGGAAUAAUGUCACUCACAGAGGUGUAUUGUUUAGUCAACCGAGCCCGAGGAAUGGAAUUGCUCUCACCCGAAGACUUAGUGAAUGCAUGCAAGAUGCUGGAAGCACUGAAAUUGCCUCUCAGGCUCCGAGUUUUUGACAGUGGUGUCAUGGUAAUUGAGCUGCAGUCCCACAAGGAAGAGGAAAUGGUGGCCUCAGCCUUAGAGACAGUUUCAGAAAAGGGAUCGCUAACAUCAGAAGAAUUUGCUAAGCUUGUAGGAAUGUCUGUCCUCUUGGCAAAAGAAAGGUUACUUCUUGCAGAGAAGAUGGGCCAUCUUUGCCGAGAUGAUUCUGUGGAAGGCUUGCGGUUUUAUCCAAAUUUAUUUAUGACACAAAGUUAAGGAUUUUUUUAAGUACUUCUUGCCUUCUUGUAGCAUGUAGAAUUUAUAUGACAUUGAGCUAAGAGUAAACCCUGAUAAACUGAGAAUUUAAUGGAACAUUGCACUAUAAAAUUUCUCUUUAAAUAGGAAGUUUAUUUGGAAUAUAGGAAAUUACAGAAAAAUGAAUGCCUAUAUGAAUUUUAAUCACAUUAGAGUUGUAGAAGACAUUCAAGAGUUUAGCUUGAAAUAUGGAUUUUUAAGUUAAUCCUCAACUCUGAGCAUUUCAUAAAGAAGGGAUUUUAUUCAGGAGACAAGCUUGAAUAAUUUAAGUCCUGAUUUUGGUGUGACCAAUUUAUGGAAUUUUAAAAAUGUCUCUGCAUUUAAUGUUUCCAUUUCAGAGGGUUUUCAUAAAGCAAGUGAUACCUGGAAUAGUUAACUUCACACAUUGGAACAGAACAUGGAACCUCAGUAUGCCAGUGAGGUGCCUUCUACAGGCAUGUUCUGCUUGUCAUCAACAUGUCUGUAAGAGACGAUUAAAGCACCUUAAAAAAAGGAAAGAUU